AUGACACAAAGAUUUCUAGCACAGGCACAAUCUCGUUUAAAACCAAAUCCAUAUUGUCGUCGAGAUCGAGCAAUAAAUAUAUUAUUAUUAGGACAAACAGGAGUCGGAAAAUCAACAUUCAUUAAUGCUUUUGCUAACUACAUCGUUAAUGAUAGUCUUAACGAUGCAGCCAAUGAUGAAAUGCAGGCUAUCGUUCCAUGCUCUUUUUCUUACACUAUGCAUGGCACGUCGGGCGAAGAUAUCGAAAAAAUGAUUACUAUUGGAGAGCAAGAUGAACACGAACAGUUUAGUGAUACAGGCCAUUCUAAUACACAGCAAUGCCGAAGUUUCGUUUUUCCGAUAUGUGAUCGAAAUUUACGAUUCAUCGAUACACCAGGUGUUGGUGGUACUAGAAGUAUGAACAAGAUGCUAAAAAUUUUCAAGAAAUAUUAA